CGCAGGUCGUGCCGGAGAGCGCAGCCCUGCUUCGGUGCUGGACAUGGCGCCAUGGAGCGCGGCCGGGCACCGCCGCCGUGGAGGGGAUGGAUCCUGUGCCUGCUGCCGGCGCUGGCGGGGGGGCAGCCGCUGGCGGCCGGCGAGGCGGCCUACGAGGAGUGGCGGGCCACGGGCGUGCGAGGCCGGGCGGUGGAGCUGAGCUGCGGCCCCGCGGCCGCGGCCCCGCCCGCCGUGGUCUUCUGGAGCUUCACGCCGCAGGGAGAGGGGCUCCCCCGGGCCGUGGCGGUGGGCUCGGGCAGGGAGGUGGCCGUGGCCCCCGGCACGGCGAUGCUGGGCCGGGUGACGCUGCGCAACGGGACGCUGGAGCUGCGGGAGCUGCGGGUGGCCGCCCAGGGCCGCUUCCUCUGCCAGGGGCUCUUCCCGGAGCGGGGCCGGCUCCGUGUGGGCUAUGCCGCCGUCCUCCUGCGUGUCCUGGUGCCUGUGUCCAAGCCCUUUGUGCGGCCCACGGCGGCGGCAGCGGCGGAGGGGGCAGCGGUGGCCCUGACAUGCGCCGUGCGGGAGGGGACGGAGCCGCUGAGCUUCUCCUGGCAGCACCAGGAGCCCCGGGGGGGUCCCUCAGUGACCCCUGCGAGGCUGGGGGGCUCCAGGGCGGAGCUGCGGCUGACACCUGCCAACCGCAGCCACACGGGCUGGUACAGCUGCACCGUGCACAACGAGGUCAACAACCGCACCAGCGACCCCGUCUACCUGGACAUCGUCUAUGGCCCCGAUGAGCCGGCCAUCCGUGUGGAGCCCUUCUCCCCUGAGCAGGGGGGCUUCUCUGCGGGCGAGCGGGAGGACGUGGUGCUGAGCUGCCUGGCUCCCUCCAACCCCCCCAGCCGCUACGUCUGGCUGCACAACGGCACCCAGGUGCACGUGGGCCAGACCUACAUCAUCCCUGCCAUCGCCCGCGCCCAGGCGGGCACCUACACCUGCCUGGCCGAGAACAGCCACCUGCAGACCCGCACCCAGGCCACCAUCGUGCUCACUGUCUACUAUCCACCCGCCGGGAGCCCCAGCUGCUCUGCCCUGGCCUCCGAUGAUCAGCGGGAUGUGGCCCUGCGGUGCCGCUGGCUCGGGGGCUUCCCCCUGGCCCGGCUGCGCUGGGUGGGCCCCCAGGAGGAGGAGGAGGAAGAGGGGUUGAUGGGGACCAGUUUUUCCAUGGCCACCAGGAUCCAGCCAGGGGCGGCCACCAGGAACGGCAGCUCCUUCUCCUGCCUGGCCUCCCACCCCGCGCUGCCGCUGGGGGCUGCCUGUGGGACCACCCUGUGGGUCCCGUCCGGCAGCCCCACCUGCGCGGCGGCGGCCACCAAGGGUGACGAGUACGUGAUGCUGCGGUGCCGGUGGGAGGGGGGCGCGCCGCUCGUCACCCUGCGCUGGCGGGACAGCGCGGGCCGGGCCUUGGGCGACCCCGCGCCCUCCAGCGCCGUGCUGGUGCUGGGCACCGACGGCAGCCUGGGGGGCCGGGAGUUCGUCUGCGAGGCCGCGCACCCGCUGCGGGCCGCUGCCGCCGAGUGCCGCCUGCGCCUGGAGGUCCCCGAGCUGGAGGCGGAGAGCGAGGUGGCGGUGCUGGAGGGCGGCGAGGCUCAGCUGGCGUGCCGGCACCGUGGCGGCAGUGCCAGUCUCGGUGCCACAGUGGCUUGGUACGACCCCAAGGAGCGGGAGGUGACACCGGGGCUGGCCAAGUACCGGCUGGAGCAGGGAGAGGCGUGGGUCAACCUCACGGUCCGGGAUGCCGAGUGGCCGGGGGACAGUGGGAUCUACCGCUGCACCGCGACCAAUGCCGUGGGCACUGCCAGCCUCCCCGUCCGCCUCCGCGUGGACCGGUACCCAGCCCCGCCCAACGUCACCAUCAGUAAGCUGCGGUACACGCGGGCGCGCACCGAGGUGCGCCUGGAGUGGCGGACGCAGGGCGCCGGCAACCUCACCGGCUUCGUGGUGCAGCGGCGCCAAACCAAGAAGCCCCUCCGGGAGCCGCCCAGCCCCUGGGAAACAGCCGCCGGCGACAUCGAGCCGCACUCCCGCGACCGGCGCCUGGGGGGGCUGGACCCCGCGGUGCUCUAUGCUUUCCGCGUCCUGGCCGUCAACCACCGCACGGCCGGGCACCCCUCCGAGGUGCAGACCCCAGCCGAGCCUCCCUUCGAGGCGUACCCGGCGGUGACGGGCGCGGCGGUGGCAGGGAUGCUGGUGGCCACCGCAGCCUCGCUCCUGGCCGUGCACUGCAUCGCCCGCCACCGGGAGAGCCUCCCCCGUGAGUGCCGGGGCCGCGGGGGCUCAGGGGGGCUCAGCUGGAGCCCUGGCACCCGCCCCUCACAGCCGCUGUCUCCGCAGGGCUGCACCGCCUGCUCUUCCGCACGUGAGUGCCCGACCCCUCCGCCCCGCCGCCGCCGUGCCCGGGCCCUGAGCCCCGCGUGUCCCCCCAGGGCCGGUCCUGCCGCGCAGGAGCCCCUGGGCACAGCGGAGGAGGCCGAAGCAGCCGCAGGCGGCGAGGAGGGAGCAGGGCCAGCCCAGGGAGAUCCGUCCGUCCCCGGCACGGCAGCAGCUGCCGAAGCAGCACCAGCACAGGGAGACCCGUCUGUCCCCAGCACAGCAGCAGGUACUGGGGCGAGCUGGGCUGAGCCACCAGCCCCGCUGACCCAGCACCCACCUGGUGGCACUCGGGCCCCCCCACCCUUUGCAGAGCCACUCUCGGCAGCACCAGGCACCACCGAGGACCCGCCAGUUAAUGUCACCAUCACCGUGACAGCGACACCGUGACCACUCCCGCUUUCGCUCUUUAUUUCCCUCUCCUCCUCUUCCACACCACGGGACGGCAGCACCCACCUGUGCCGGGCCGGGAGGCAGCUGCCUCCCAACGCUGCACCCGGCAAAGCCCCUCCGGCUCGGCCUCGGGCCUGCAGUUACUGCUGUAGCUAAAAUAAAUAUUUAGGCUACAAUAAAUAGUUUCUCACCGAUGGCAAAAAAAAAAAAAAAAAAAAAAAGCCCUAGGGCUGAAGCACUGCUCUCAGCCCCAGGGCUGGCAUCGACCGGGGAUGCUGCUUUGGGACUGUGCUGAAGUUUCUGUGGUGCAAAAACAGGCACAAAUUUUUUUGUGGGAAAGGGUCUUCAUCUUCACUCCAAACUCCCCAAUUUCAGGCCAAACCACAGGAGGGUAAAAACAGUGAUUGGAGAUGGUUUUUCCCUGCAUUGGUGCAAGCACAAAGGGAAGCAGGGUCCAAGGAAAGUGUCAGGCAGCUCCCACCUUUCCUGAGUCCUCAUCUUCUGGUGUGUGUGGAAACAAGAGCACCUUGGCCAUUUUUUCCUGUAUUUGGUUAAUAAUAAUCCACUGGGAAGUAUCAAGCCACAUGAACCAACCUUGAUCAGUGCCCAUACUGAGUAUCAAUCCCCACACCAGCCACAAAGCAGCAUCAAUCCCUUUAUCAAACCACCCCCAGAAACACAAACCCUACCCAAAGCCCCUGCAAAGCCAUCACUUCCAAACACAGAACAUUCCAAAGGGAUAUUACAGUGUCUCUGGAAAACAGAGCAUCUUUAUCUGACACACCCACAAUACAGGGGAGAUUUAAGCAAGGUUGUUUAAAACCAUGGCUAAAUUUCAGUGUUUGGGGCAAACGAAGCAGCCAGAGUUAAAUCCCAACCACUCCCCUGACAAUCUCUGUUGGAAAAGGGGAAAGCCUUGCAACAGGUUCUGCAAAAUGAAAAUCCAGGCUGUGAGGAUGACACAAACAAAAAGGGAGAAGGGAGAUCUGUGGUGGCUCUGCCCACGGUGUGAAGUUCAUGGUGUGUAGAGAACUUUGGAAUAAGGCAGCUCUAGCUGGGAGGAUGCACAACC